GUAAGGGUGAGACUUGAAGAUCCUCUCCCCAAUUCAACCCAUAUACUUUAAUUUUUUUCCUCACAAAAGUGGGAGGUUGAGGUUGAGGUUGAGGUUGAGGUUGAGGUUGAGUUCUUCAUUGAGGAAGAAAAAGAGCAAGACCUUUCCUCACCUUCUUUCUUUGCUUAUAAUUGCUUCUCCACUAUUGUCUACUCUCUUAUAGGAAACCCUUUUCUUAUUUAUUUCCUUGAAUUAGAUUAAGAUUAAACCCAUCAUUUAUAUAAAUCUCCAAAUGUUUUUCUUCUUAGUAACAAGCCUCUCCUUCUUCUUCUUCUUAAACUCCCUCUCUUUAAAACCACUUCCACCAUGGGCUAGUGAUGUGAGACUCUUACCUCUUUACUUCUGGAAAGAAUUGUCUUUCUCCUUUAAACCCAUUUUAAAAAAGAGGAUUUUUAGUGGUUUUUACAAUUUCCCAUUAAUAAUGUCAUUAAAACAAGUAAUUUCUAUUUCCAAAUUUGAAAACUCCCAUGAAAAUAACCAAUUAACAGUCCUAGAUUUGCCAGAAUUAGCAUUAGAUUGCAUUCUAGAAAAGCUUUCCCCAUCUGGGUUGUGUAGUAUGGCAGCUGUUUGUAGCUCACUGAGAGAAAGAUGCAUCAGUGAUUACUUUUGGGAAACACACAUGAACAGAAAAUGGGGUAAAAUUCUGAGUCCUGCAGCUUAUAGAGAAUGGCAAUGGUUUAUUGCCUCUAAGAACAAUUCAAGUUCUUUUACAGUAAAAAAUUCAAAUGGAUUUAUCAAUUUUUUUCCCUCUAUUUGGCCAUUUACAUGUCUUGCAUCAAAAUCUGAUAAAAAGGGUAACAAUAAGGAUUCAAAUUCUCCCUUCCUUGAUGAUUCUCUUAUGUCUUGGUAUUUAGCUCUUGAAACUGGCAAAUUUUCCUUCCCUGCUCAAGUUUACAACCGUGAGAAUGGUCAUGUUGGUUUUACGUUAUCUUGCUAUGAUGCUGAGCUUAGCUAUGAUCCCCAAACAGACACCUUCCAAGCAAGGUAUCCUCCUCAUGGAAGAAGGGCAGUUGCAAUGGAGGAUGGUAUUGAAUGGGAAAGGCUAAGGGCAGCUCCAAUAGAUACUCCCCCGCAUCAUCUUCAUCCCUCUGAUUGCUUGAAUGAUCUACUCCCUGGAGAUCACAUUGAGAUUCAAUGGAGAAGAAAUCAACAAUUUCCCUAUGGAUGGUGGUAUGGUGUGGUUGGCCACUUGGAGUCAUGUGAUGGGAAUGAGAAUUAUUGCCGAUGUCUUAGCAACGACAGUGUUGUGCUCGAGUUUAAUCAGUACAAAACUGGUUCGCGGUGGCGGAGGACAAUCAUUAAUAGGAAGGAUCACAGAGAGGAAGGAAAUGAGAGUGAUGGAUUUUAUGGAGGUAUUAGAAAGCUUUAUAAGAGUGAUGAGAUUGCUACUUGGAAGAGUUUGUGGCCAAAGGAAAUCUUGGAGUGAAUAUUACAAGUUAUUUGAACACAUUGUGUAUCCCUAUAGGUAGAUCAUUGAUCCUGCUCACACCAACUAUUCUAACCAUAUACUCUAUUGGCUUCAUCUAUUUUGCGGCAUUUUUCAUUUCAGGUCAUUCUGCUAAAUUUUCUAUUUUUUCAUUUUCCGAUAUCACCCAAUCCUCCUUCACCAUUUCUCGCUAUCACUUUCUAUAUCUCUUUCAAUACCAUUUACAAACAACACAUUUUGACUGAGAUACAUUUUAUGUUUUUAGCUUUUUUUCUUCCUCUUUACGCCAAAAUUUUUCAUGGAUGAAUGACCGGGAGUUGCGAGUGAACACCCUUUUGAAGCUUAUUCCGUGCAACAUUGCAUUUUUGAAUUGGUCCUGUAUGGUUUUUGUGCACUAAAUAGUGUGCACUAACUUUGAAUUUAAGGAGGGUGAGUUAGAGAAUAUAAUUAAGUGAAUCGGAGAUUGAAAAGUGUAGACUUGUGAAUGGAUGAUUAAGGAAGGGUUCACAUUAAAUUGUAGACUAAAUUCAUUUUAGACUUGUACCAAAUGCAAAUUGGAUGUAUGAUAUAUAACAUUUUACAGAGGUGAAUGAACUAUAGAUUUUUUUCCAGUGAUACAAA